UUUCCUUCCUGUUUACGGGAGUUGUCAGAGCGAGCAACUCCCUCAAAGAUGUCCAGCGCCCCUCGCCCGACUCGGCCUCCCCCGCCGGUGCCAAAGCCAGGUCAGGUUAAAGUUGUUCGUGCAAUGUACAGAUAUGACGCACAACAGAAUGAUGAACUCACGUUUGAUGAGGGAGACUUGCUGUACAUCCUUGACAAGACGGACACCAAUUGGUGGAGGGCCAAGUGUGGAAGCAAGGUCGGACUCAUACCAAGCAACUAUGUUGAAGACAACACAGAGUCUAUAGAUCACCCCCUCCAUGAGGCCGCCAAGCGAGGGAACAUUGACUUCAUGGUCGAGUGUAUUGGUAAUAGGGUGUCUGUGAACAGCUUGGACAAGGCUGGAUCAACACCCCUACACUGGGCGUCCCAUGGGGGACACAUACCUUGUUUAGAGAAGCUGCUCUCUGCCGGCAGCUGCCAGGUCAAUGUGCAGAACAAGCUGGGAGACACACCACUUCAUUCUGCAGCAUGGAAGAACCACUCAGAGGCUGUCAAGAUGUUGAUAGCUAAAGGUGCAAGAGCAGACAUCCCCAACAACGAGAGGAAGCUGCCAUUUGACCUUGCUAAGGAUCCCGCAACAGCAGCAAUGUUAAAAGAAGCAAUGGGAUCAACAUCAUCUCGAUACCUCGAGGGUUAUGGAGACGAGGAGGAUUCAGACUGAAGGGGAGAGGUGUGUCAUGUGAUCAGAUGGAAGAGGCGAGGUGUAUCAUGUGACCACAUUGAGGAGAAAAGGUGUGUCAUGUGACCACAUUGAGGCUGUGAUGUGUGUCGUGACGAGAUUGAGGAGGCGAGGUGUGUCAUGUGACCACAUUGAGGUUGCGAUGUGUGUCAUGUGACCAGUCAUAUCAUUGUACACGGACAGUUACAAGUCAAUGCAUUUCCUUCAAACAAGAUUAUUGUUAUUAAAUAUGUUCUUGUUAUGUUUGUUUUUCAGUAUCGGUUAGACUUGGGAGGAGCGGAGGGUGGGAGGGAAGGGGUGACAAGAUUGGGUUGGGGGUGAGUUCAGGGAAGAGUGGUGGGGGGAUGAUUUGAUUCUGGGUGAUCAUGAUCAAGAUGGAGCUGGGUGAGUUGAGAAGUAUUGGAUCUGUCGGGGUUGGGGGUUUGGGGAUGGGAAAUGGGACUGAGUUGGUUGAAAAUGGAAACGGUUUGGUGUGACUUGUGAUAGGGAUGACCAUGUUUCAUUACGGAUCAUGAUCACCGUGACACAAACCUUUUGCAAAAGUUCUAAUUGUAUUAUAUUCAAUAUUUUGUCGUGUUCAAAUAUGACGAUAUGAAGUGCUGCUUGAAUGAGAUGUUUAUUGGUUGUCUAACUCUGUACAAUCAGGUAUGGUAAUAGUGACGAUGUACAUCAAGGCAUUAACCCCUGGUAGCAGGGUAACUGUAAACACUGGCCGAUUCCACCACACUUGGAAGGCUACUUUGGCAAGUGAUGCCACUAUAUACCUCAUAUCCCGCACAGUUUAGUCCUGGUGAGACGGAUGGCAUCAUGUACAGUUCAGCAGUAGUUAUGUAUGCUGUACCCUAUGUCUCAAGUUACUAAUAUGACUGUCCACCUUCAAGUCAUCCCCGAAUCAGUGUAUUAUUAUAUAGGCAUUCAAUUAGGAUAGAUACCCUGGACCCCUUAACAAUCAUACCUUUGUUUCGGAUGUGACCCCCUCUCUCCAUCUCUCUGGUCUCCAAGCAGAUAUCACUCAUGCAUGUUGCAAUAUACAUGCAAUGAUCAUGAACACGACAUUAAAGCCUUUUUCACCUCACCUUCUCUCUCACAUGAGAGUAUUUCAUUGGAUGGCUAUAUUUAGUGUCAUGUAAUUCAAGUGGGUCUCAAGACGAUGCUUUUGAGGUGAAUGUGCCCCGGGUAUUUAUCAUGUAAUAGAAUGAAUCUAUGGACACUAUAUCCCGAGAUGCAUUAAAGUAGGAUAAAAGAUAGUGUCAGAGUGUUUAUGUAUUAGUCAGUAUUACCUCUGAAUAUAUAUGUGUACAUUUGUAAUUUGAAGCAGCUUUAAAAGUAUGCAGCAUUUACGGUCUGUGCUCCACACUCUACACAAUGUGACUUGUAUUUGUUCUCCUCGUACUGACUUGUAUGAGGGACAGUCACCGGUCGGGGGCAGCGAGUCGUGGUGACACAGUUCGACGACGGAUCACCGUCAGCAAUUUGAUGACGCAUUAAUCUCAUGAUUGAAGAGUAUGCCAUUUGUGCUGCCUCAUCUAUAUACAUAACAGAUAUAAAUACUGUAAAAAGUAUUUUGGCACAAGGACAUUGAUACUUUCAAGUCCUACAUAUAGUAAUAUCUUAGCACGGUACACAAAUUUAUUGUAUUGCCCAGUCACUUUCAACAUCUUAGCACAACGAAUCGAGACAAGCUGUCUACUUAUCAAGUUGCUAUUUAACAGGUCUUCAUUUGUAUAAGAUAUGCAUCUGAAAUUGUGAAGUAGUCCCCCUGGAUCCACCGUUGUAAUGUGUUCAUCCCCCUGUUCCUGGCAGCUCCAUGACAUCCUGGCUCUGGUAUUGAGAUCAGUACAAUCUAAUCAAACACAAUCAAACUGGCAAAUAAUCAACAGAACUGUCCACCACUGAUCGACUUUUAAAGUUACAUGUUUCAUCACUGUAUAUAGGAUGCAAUAUCGACAUUACAUGAGACAAGAGAUCUGCAGCAUCACAAUAAUGUACCGAGAUUCUAGCGAGGCGGAAACGACCACUGGGAUGUUCCACCUCCAUCACGCACCUGUUUCAGCAGCUCCAUCAGUGUGCGCAACAGUAACACCAUGUGUCUUUGUUCAGGGCCACACAAGUAAUAUAUCACUGGCCGAAAAUGUGAUCAGGGCAGGGAGGAAAUAUAGAAAUAUUAUCCCGGUGGUUGUGAAAAAAUAAAUUUGAUCAGAAGCCAUUUUGUGGAAAAUUUUGGUUUAGUUCAUUGAUAAAACAAGAAAAGGAUUGAAACAGAAAUGCAUUAAAAACAGUAUUUUGUUUACAAUCAGACUGCUGACAUUAGAAAAGUAUUCUGCAUUGUACAUUGAUGUCCAUUAGAGUGGAACAACAUGCGAGAGAUGUCACGAGCACAUGUAUUUUGUAUGGGGAUGAAAUACUUGUUAUAUCCGAAAUAUCAAUGGCCUUGAAGCAUGAGAUAUAUGCAUGUUUACUUCUAAUCAUUCCAUGGUAUGUCAUAUAUCGGGGUUAUAUUUCUUAUAUAUCACAAGUGUAUAUCAUAUGUCACAAGUAUAUAUCCCUAUAUUCUUUGCUAGAAUGGUCAUGAGGACCCCAUGAUAUUGUGGUUUAUGGUGAUAGCCUAAUAUGAUACAAAAGAUAAGUAUUUUACACGACAUAUAUAUUUUCGAGAAUUUAAAUGCCCAUAAUUAAUGAUGCAUAUAACACACGAGUGAGUAUUAUGCAUGAAUAAAGAAGUCUUGCGUACACUGAAUAAUCGGAAAGGGUGCUAAUUGGGAUUGUUCACCAGUCAGUAUAUUAGCAAAUAUCACUGUGGGCGCUUAUUAGAGCAGGGCGCUUAUUACGUCCAAUACGGUAAGUGAAAUGGAGGAUAAGGCUCAGUGACUUGGUUGAUUGUGUGUCAUCCUACCCCGUGGGGUGUUGCUCAUUACAUCCAUCACUGGUUUAGUCCAGACUGAAUAAUGUACACUGGCCACCAUCAUAUAGCUGGAAUAUUGCGGACAAAAAACAGGAUUCAAACAGCAAUCAAAUACUUUGCUAACAUCUUGGUAGAUCGUAAUAGGUUGACAUCUCAAACAUUUGUUGUGUGGAGACAUUCAAGGCAUACCCUUAGCCAUGUGUGACACUGAAUGAGAAUUUUCAUAAACUUUGAAAACUUAACAAAAUAGAAUCCUUCCUCUUGUGUGUUAUACGAAUGUUGUACAACAUAUAGAAAUUUGACAAAAUGAACUCCUUUCAAAUACAUGUGCUGUGAAUGAUGUCCUAAUCAUGUGUGAAGAAAGACAUCACUUGCCUUUUAAAGUAGCAAAUGUAGCACUGUCCUGCCGUGUUGCUGUCAGUAUGGAGCUACCAUUAUACAUAUAAUGUGAAUUAUCAUCUGCAUUGUACAUAGGGGAUGAAGAUAAUAUCAGAAGAUACAAUAUAAACACUUGUUUGUUAUAAUCAGGAGUUCCAGUUUAUAUUAAUAACAUUGUUACUGGUGAAAAACUGUAUUUUAUCGUAUAACGUGAAAGCUUGUUAAUCCAGAUUGUUGGUCUAUGAAGCUGGGCCCCUUUCCACAAAGCGAUCUCAGCGUAACGACCGUCGUAAGUCUGUGUUAAAGUAUGGGAGCUACGGUUGUUUUAGUGCUACGACUGUCGUAAGUCAGGGAGCUACAAUCUUCUUAGCAUAGCGAUUGUCAUAAGUUUGUGUUAAAGUUUAGGAGCGUCUUUGCAUCACGACUGUCUUAAGUGUGGUAAAAUAUGUGAGCUACGAUCGUCAUAGCACUGUGACUAGUAAAUCUGGUAAAGUAUUGGAGCUACGAUUGUCUUAGCGUUACGACUGUCGUAAGUCUGUGUUAAAGUAUUGGAACUACGAUUGUCCUAGCAUUAUGACUGUCGUAAGUCUGUGUUAAAGUAUGGAAUGUACGAUCAUCUUAUUGCUAAGACAAGCGUAAGUCUGUGUUUAAGUAUGGGAUCUAAGAUCAUCUUACCGCUACAUUCGCUAUGUGGAGCAGGACUCUGGCCUUGGUAAUGUAUUCACUGGGCACUGUCUGGAUUAGCAAGGUUUCACUGUAUACAGUUUUGAUGGUUAUCUAUUGGAUUAUAGUUUUGAUAAGAAUUAUGAUACUGUUUCAGAGGAAUGAUAUUCUAUUUUCAUAUCCCAUACUUGUAAGAUGAGAUACUUAUAGUUUUGCUCCAUUUUCAAAUACAGCUUGCCUAUAUUAAAAGUGUAGAACUGA